AAACCUUCCUUUUCCAUCCGCCGCCUCGUUCCUCCUACCUCCGCCACCUCCGAUUCCGUUGGGCAGAACAAGCCCGCUGCUAGCUUCUCCUCAUCUCUCCUCAGCCCUUUCUCUCCUUCCAUUCCCAACCUGCCUAAUAAGAGUAAAAAGACCAUCCAAGAAAACCCUUAUGGACUGCAGGACCUCACUCUCUUCCCCAACGAAGAAAUCCUCGAAAUGCCUUCCAUCCACGAACCCUUUUUGCCCAUUACCCUGGGCGAGCUCCUGAAGAAGAGCAAAAUCACUCCUUUAUCCAUUUACGGUGAUAUGAACACCCGCAUAACCGGAAUCCAGGACGAUUUCAGAAAGGUUGUUCCCGGCGAUCUCUUUGUUUGCCGGGUGGGCACCAAAACGGAUGGCCACGCUUACUUGUCGGAGGCAAUCAGCAAAGGAGCAGUGGCCGUGUUGUCUGAAAGAGAACCCGAUAAAGAGGAGACCUUGGGGUGCCGAGCUAUCGUCACUGUGGAGAACACCCAUUCGGCAAUCCCUAAUCUCGCAUCUUCUUUCUACGGCCGUCCUUCCGAGAAGCUUUCUGUAAUUGCAGUCACAGGAACAAACGGUAAGACGACCACAACCCAUUUGAUAAAAUCCAUGUACGAGGCCAUGGGGACCAAAACUGGAAUGCUUGGUACAAUUGCUUACUAUAUUCACGGCAAUCAACAGCUUGAAGCUCCCAAUACGACCCCUGAUGCUUUACUAAUGCAAAAGCUAAUGGCAGAGAUGGUGACUAAUGGGGCUAAAGCUGUUGUCAUGGAGGCUUCUUCUCAUGGAUUAGUUUUAGGAAGGUGCAAUGAGAUUGAUUUUAAUGUUGCAGUGUUUACCAACUUUACCAGAGAUCACCUAGACUUCCAUGGUACCACAGAUGAGUACAGAAAGAGCAAGGGCAUGCUGUUUGAUAGAAUGCUUGAUCCUGAAAAGAACAGGAAAGUUGUGAAUGUUGAUGACCCCAAUGCUUAUUACUUCUUAUCUAAGGGGAAUCCAGAUGUUCCUCAAGUGACUUUUGGAAUGGAGAACAAGGAUGCCGAUGUUCGGGUUCUGGAUUUUGAACUUUCAUUGUUUAGGACCAGAAUUUUGGUGGGCACACCAAAAGGGACUAUGGAGAUUUGCUCUAAAUUAAUUGGAAGGUAUAAUAUAUACAAUAUUCUUGCUUCUGUUUCAGUUGGGAUAGCAGUGGAUGUGCCACUGGAGGCAAUUGUGAGAGGAAUAGAACAGAUGGAUGGGGUUCCUGGGAGGUGUGAGUUGAUUGAUGAAAAUCAAGGAUUUCCGGUGAUUGUCGAUUAUGCGCACACGCCGGAUGCUUUAUCUCGUCUGUUGGAUGCUGUGAGAGAGCUAGGGUCAAAGCGUGUUAUCACUGUAUUUGGAUGUGGAGGAGAAAGAGAUAAGGGGAAGAGACCAUUGAUGACGCAAGUUGCAGCUGAAAAGAGUGACCUGGUUAUUCUGACAUCCGACAAUCCAAGGAAUGAAGAUCCAAUGGAUAUCUUAGAUGAUAUGUUGGAUGGCGUUGGCUGGACGAUAAACGAUUAUCUGCAAGUUGGGGAAAGUGAUUGCUAUCCUCCCCUUCCUAACUAUCAUAAAAUCUUUGUUCAUGAAAACAGAAGAGUGGCUCUGCGAGCUGCCAUUGCCAUGGGAAAGGCUGAAGAUAUAGUU